AUGGCUGCUAUCGGUGGCCUCCAGGCCAUUGCGCCUGUCCCUCCCGCCAGCGAGAUGAUCGACAUCAUCCUCUCUGGCACCAUGCGCCGUACUCCUACCGUCAUCAGGAGUGGCUUCAACAUCUCGCGUAUCCGUAAAUUCUACAUGCGCAAGGUCAAGUUCACGCAGGACGCCUUCGACGAGAAACUGGGCCGCAUCCUUUCCGAGUUCCCGAUCCUCGACAACCUCCACCCCUUCCUGUCGUCGCUGCUGAACGUCCUCUACGACAAGAACCACUACAAGCUUGCGCUCGGUCAGAUCUCGAUGGCUCGUCACCUGAUCGCCCAGGUCGCCAAGGACUACGUCCGUCUGCUCAAGUUUGGUGACUCGCUCUAUCGCUGCAAGCAGCUCAAGACUGCUGCCCUCGGUCGUAUGGCGACGAUCAUGCGCAGGCAGAAAGACCCCCUUGCCUACCUCGAGCAGGUUCGCCAGCACAUCCAGCGUCUCCCCGCCAUUGACCCGAACACCCGCACGCUCGUUAUCUGCGGUUACCCCAACGUCGGAAAGUCGUCGUUCAUCAACAAGAUCACCCGCGCCGAUGUCGACGUCCAGCCGUACGCUUUCACGACCAAGUCGCUCUUCGUCGGCCACAUGGACUACAAGUACCUCCGGUGGCAGGUGAUUGACACGCCCGGUGUGCUCGACCACCCGCUCGAGGAGAUGAACACGAUCGAGAUGCAGUCGAUCACUGCGCUCGCGCACCUGCGUGCCGCCGUCCUCUACUUUAUGGACCUGUCGGAGCAGUGUGGCUACACGAUUGAGGCGCAGUGCAAGCUGUUCCACUCGAUCAAGCCCCUGUUCGCGAACAAGCCCGUUGUUCUUGUUAUCAACAAGAUUGACAUUGUCCGCCUCGCGGACCUGUCUGCCGAGAACAAGGCGUACAUUGACACGAUCCGCGAGGACCCGAGUGUGAUUGUCGUCGAGUCGUCGACCUACUCUGAGGAGGGUGUCAUGGACGUGCGCACCAAGGCGUGCGAGGCGCUCCUGGCGCACCGUGUCGAGCAGAAGCUGCGCGGCAACCGCAUCGAGUCUGUGGCGAAUAAGAUCCACGUCGCGAUGCCGCAGAAACGUGACGACGUCGACCGACCGGCGUUCAUCCCCGAGGCUGCCAAGCAGAAGAAGAAGUUCGACCCGGAAGACCCGACGCGCAAGAAGCUCGAGAAGGAGGUCGAGCAGGAGAUGGGCAACAACCCUUGGAUGGGCAUCUACACGCAGGACCUGAAGCGGGACUACCUGCUCGCGGACGACUCGUGGAAGUACGACGUCAUGCCCGAGAUCAUGGACGGCAAGAACGUUGCAGACUUUAUCGACCCGGACAUUGCGGCCAAGCUCGAGGCGCUGGAGCGCGAGGAGGAGCAGCUGGAGCAGGCGGGCUUCUACGCCGAGUCGGAGGAGGAGAUGCUGGACAGCGACGAGGAGGAGUUCCUCGACGCCGCGGCGCAGGUACGCAAGCGCAAGGCCGAGAUCAAGAAGAAGAGCCAGGACAAGAACACGCUGCAGAACAAGCCCAUCAUCCCGCGGAAGAAGAAGCACGUCUCGCUCUCCGAGUUCACCCACGGCAUGCGCAAGCUCGGCCACGACCCCAGCGUGCUCGAGAAGCGUGCGGCGCGCCUCGUCGAGAAGAAGAAGGCGGCCUGGGAGGCCGCCGAGGCCGAGCGUCGCGCCAACGGCGGUGGCUCGGACUCGGGCGACGACGACGGAGACGUCGACAUGGACAUGGACCAGGACGUGCCGCGCAAGCGCGCCCGCGGCGUCGCCGCCCAUGGCCGCCACAGUGCCCUCCCCGCAGGCCUCGCCAACGAGCAGCAGUACUCCAAGGCCAAGGAGCUGCGCAAGUUUGCCCAGCGCGAGCCCAACCGUCUCGCCAAGGCGUCCGAGUCCGACCGCCACGUCCCCAUUACGCGUCCCAAGUGGAUGAUGUCUGGAAAGCGCAAGGCGGGCACGACGCAGCGUCGUUAA